AUGGUCCCAGCUGUCCGUGUUGGGAUGCGUUCGCUCUCCCAGCUGUUCCGGGUCUCGGUGGACCCGAAGGUGGUCAGAGGCGAGGGGACGGUCCCGUCUGGGGAGAGGUGGGACGCCGAGCUGGGGCCGCACGGCUGCACCGUGGUCCCUCCGUCCGCCUCCUCCACCCAUCCUCCUGCCGUGGCUUCCCCGCCAGUCCCCCCUUUGCCCACCCCUGGGCUGCUGGACACGCUCUCGUCAGUGGACACAGCCCGCUGCCCCUGCACGGAUCUAGGCCCAGGCUGCGUGCGACACACGUGGCCUCUUGCCCUCUUUGACCAAAAGAAGCGCGCGAUUCACCAGGAGGGCCAGCUCCCCCAGCUGGGCCCUCUGCAAAGGCUCCCCGGGGAGCAGGGCCAAACCUGGGGAUCCCCCUACACUUACAGUCUCCGGUCCCCGCUUUACAACGACUGUGCAAAGUCCCCGCUUUACAACGACUGUGCAAAGUCCCCGCUUUACAACGUCUGUGCAAAGUCCCCGCUUUACAACGUCUGUGCGAAGUCCCCGCUUUACAACGACUGUGCGAAGUCCCCGCUUUACAACGUCUGUGCGAAGUCCCCGCUUUACAACGACUGUGCGAAGUCCCCGCUUUACAACGUCUGUGCGAAGUCCCCGCUUUACAACGACUGUGCGAAGUCCCCGCUUUACAACGACUGUGCGAAGUCCCCGCUUUACAACGUCUGUGCGAAGUCCCCUCUUUACAACGACUGUGCAAAGUCCCCGCUUUACAACGUCUGUGCAAAGUCCCCGCUUUACAACGUCUGUGCAAAGUCCCCGCUUUACCACGUCUAUGCAAAGUCCCCGCUUUACAACGACUGUGCAAAGUCCCCUCUUUACAACGACUGUGCAAAGUCCCCGCUUUACAACGACUGUGCAAAGUCCCCGCUUUACAACGACUGUGCAAACCCAGUUUCCUCCCAACACCGUCCCAAAGAAGAACUGAAUUCCUUCCAGCGGCAGCCACUACUGCCACCGGGCGCAGCCCCUGGACAGAUGAGGUACCCCCCAAGCUGGCGGGAAGGGAAGGACCCGGUUUUCCUCGCCAAGGACUUCAAUCUGCUGAAUCUGAACCAUCAGCAGCCGGGAGGAAAUGGGCACCGGCAGACGUCAAAGGUAAGUCGGGCGCAGCUGUACAGCCUGUAUGAGGAGAAGGUGCGGCCCUGCAUCGACCUCAUCGACUCCCUGCGGGCCCUGGGCGUGGAGCAGGACCUGGCCCCGCCCCCCAUCGCUGACAUCCGGGACCAGAGCUCGGGCAAGAGCUCCGUGCAGGAGGCAGUGUCGGCGGGGGUGGGGGGGGUCGCCCUUCCCAGAGGCAGCGGGAUCAUAACCAGGUGUCCGCUGGUGCUGAAACUGACAAAGCAGGCGUGCAAGUGGACCGGGAGGAUGCGCUGCCGGAAGACGGAGCUCCAGGUGCAAGACCCCUCACAGGUGGAGAGAGAAGUACGUGAAGCCCAGGAUGCCCUGGCUGGCAACGGAGUUGGCAUCAGCCACGAGCUCAUUAGUCUGGAGAUCACCUCUCCUGAGGCUGCAGAUCUGACCCUCGUUGAUCUUCCCGGCAUCACCAGGGCGGCCGUGGGAAACCAGCCCCAGGAAAGCGGGGUUGGGAUCCAGGCACUCAUCAAAAAGUACAUCCAGAGGCAGCAGACAAUCAACUUCGUGGUGGUCCCCUGCAACGUGGAGAUUGCCAUCACGGAGGCACUGAGCGUGGCUCAGGAGGUGGACCCCGAUGGAGACAGGACCGUAGGAAUCCUGACCAAACCAGAUCUAGUGGACAAGGGCGCCGAGAAAGGCGUCCUGACAGUCAUGCGGGACCUCACACACCGUCUCAGGAAAGGCUACACGAUAGUGAAGUGCCGGGGUCAGCAGGAGGUCACGAGCAAGCCGAGCUUGGCCGAAGCAACCAAGAAGGAAAUGAUGUUCUUUCAGACACAUCCGUACUUCAGGAGCUCGCUAUUCCUGAACAACAAGUUCGGGAAAUCGCUCCCUUUGUCAGAGAAUCAAAUAAAGGAGAGUCACCAGAGGGCGACAGAGGAGCUGCGCCAGUGUGGAGACAACAUCCCCAGCAAUGAAGCCGAUAAAGUGUUCUUUCUGAUUGAGAAAAUUAAGGUGUUUAAUCAGGACAUUGAAAAGUUAACAGACGGAGAAGAAAUUGUAAAGGAGAAAGAGUCCCGCUUAUAUAACAAAAUCAGAGAGGAGUUUACAAGCUGGAUACUCAUACCUGCAGCCAAUAUCCAAAAAGGUAAGUCUGGGGAUAGGGCUCCCAAUAAGAUUGAAGACAUAACAAAACAAGUGGAAACAGCAGACAAUCUGAUGCGGCUUCAAUUCAGGAUGGAGCAACUGAUUUAUUGUCAAGAUCAGAUUUACAGCGUGGUUCUGAGCAGAGUCUGAGAAGAGAUUUUUAACCCAGUGGGAAAGGCUCCACAGAAUCUUCAGUCCAAAUCGCCCCUUUUAAAUGAUCCGCCUUCAUUUUCUGCCUUUGUUGAGAUCUGGGUCCACCUGAACGUGUAUUUCUCGGAAACCAGCAAACAUCUCACCAACCAGAUCCCAUUCAUAAUUCAGUAUUUUAUGCUCCAAGAGAAUGGUGAUUACUUGCAGAAAGCCAUGAUGCAGAUACUACAGGAAAAACAGCACUAUUCCUGGCUGCUUCAAGAACAAAGUGACACGACAGCCAAGAGGAGAUUCCUUAAGGAGAAAGUUUACCAGCUGGCUCAGGCAUGGGGAGCUCUCUAUGAAUUCCCCCAGUUAAAGGGAUUAAAAGAAGUAGGAAUGAAGAAUUAUGUAGUUAGAGAAUGACUAGCUCUGUACCUCCAG